AUGGGGAAUUUGGCACCCAUCGCGUACGGAGGCUAUGCUAUCGCUCUCGCGAUACACGCUGCGUAUAAGACCACCCCGGAUGGAUUCCACUUGCACUCGGCGUUUGGCCAUUAUCUCCGACCAGUAAGCACUGAAGCAAAUCUGAUAUGCACGCCUGUCAAACUCCGCCAAUCGAAGGGUUUCAUAACCUACCGCGUUGCCGUUGAACAAAAUGACCCCUCGACUGGCCAACAGCGCCUAUGCAUGGAGCUCCUAGCCGACUUCCACCGGGAUGAGCAGUCUGUCCUCACAUUCUCGAGUCAACCAACUCGGAGUUACAGUCACUGGCGGGAUUGUGUGCCCUGGGACCGCCUUGUGGAGGAUUGGGUCAAAGCCAAAAAAAUAUCAGAGUCACAAUUUAGAGCUUUCAACACUCUAUUUGGACUAUCCCGAAACCUCUACGAAGGUCGCCCGUGUCCGGAGGGAAUCACUACCCAAAAUCUGAUGGGGAUGGCCAAGACUGUCAAAACCAGCCAGGAGGAAUUGUCUCCGACAGCAAAGUCGUCAGCGGACUGGCUCCGAGUCAAACACCCUCUACGGACAGAAGGAGAAGAAAUGGCCAGCUUAGGGUUUAUUAUGGAUGGUGUUUUGUCGUUUUUGCCUUUGGCACACAAUCACAUGUCCUUCGAGGACGCUGGUGUGUGCUCGAGUUUGGAUUUUGCUCUGCGCAUCUUUGCGCCGCGACUCAAAAUGGAACAGUGGCACUUGAGGGAGAUAAUUAAUCACCAUGCCGGCAACGGCCGCACAUACAGUGAGAGUAAAUUAUGGGACGAGGGAGGGAAUUUAGUGGCUUCUAUGACGCAGCAGUCAAUUUUGCGAGUUCCUGCCAAAGCUGCAAGGAUGUAA